AUGAACUCUCAUCUAGCAAUGGCCUGUCCUAUCCUGUGCUGGAACAAGGACAAGAGGGAAUGGCCUCAGGUAGUGCCAGGGGAGGUUCAGAAAUUCCAGAGGGGUGGAGCUCUGACUCAGUGUAAUAAAACACCCGUUCAGCAGCUUCUGCCGCUCGGGAGUCCUGUAAAUAUGUUUCAGGAGGAACUGGGAGCUGUUGAGCUGCAUCCACAGGUGUCUGCUGCAACACCUGCUUUUAAUGCAGCAGCAAUCCCAAUGGCAUCAUCUGCUGCCUUCUGCCAGAAAGAAACAUCACCGUACUGCCUGCUCACUGUAAGAAUCAUACAGAUGAGAAAUGCUCCUCGGGCAGAUUUUUUGAGUCAGUCUGAUUGCUACGUGAGCCUCUGGUUGCCAACUGCUUCAGAUGAAAAAUUCCGGACCAAAACAAUCAAAAACUGCAGAAAUCCAGUGUGGAAUGAAACUUUCUAUUUUCGGGUUCAGAGAGAAGUCAAGAACAUCCUGGAAAUGACUGUUUCUGAUGACGAUAUUAUUCGUGACGACGAGCAUGCAAUUGUUCUUUUUGAUCUAGACAAAAUAUCCCUUGGGGAAAAAGUGCUUACAGCAUUUCCACUAAAUCCACAGGGGAGGGAAGAGCUGGAAGUUGAGAUUGCAUUGGAUAACAUCCAGGGUCCUCCUGAAGCCAUCAUCACAAAUGGAGCAGUAGUGUGUCGUGAACUAGCCUGCCUGGAAGUUCAACUGGACAGAAGGAAGAAAAAGAAGCAUUGCAUUGGGAAAGAGAUAACAUUUACAGUAAAAGGAUCCUAUGAAGAAACCCAGAGCAUUUCACUUUGCUGUGACUCCUGUUCCCCUCUUCCAGAUCCCACGUUCUUCCACUAUGCCAAAUACAAACAACCCUCGCUGGAUGUUGCAUUCAUGAAGAAGAGGAGAUUUCCAAGCUUUUGUGCUUGCAUGACAUGUGGAGCAAGGAAGAACAGAAGUGUCCAGCUGUCCCUUCCGCUGAAGUCCCUCCCCUCUGAGCAGGAAGCAGUUGGUGAGCACAGAAAAUUUGACUUGCACUUAAAGGUGAAAAACUGCCCAGAAGACCUAGAUGUGCGUCUGGGGUUUGACCUGUGUGCCGAGGAGCAGGAUUUCAUCUGUAAGAGGAAGAAGGUGGUGGCAGCUGCUCUGAAGGAUGUCCUUCAUCUAAAAGAGGACUUGCAGGAGGAUGAGGUGCCUGUGGUGGCAAUCAUGACCACAGGUGGUGGAACCAGAGCUCUUACAGCCAUGUAUUCUCACCUUCGAAGCAUUCAGAAACUGAAUGUCUUGGACUGUGUCUCGUACAUCACCGGUUUAUCUGGCACAACAUGGACCAUGUCAAGUUUGUAUGAAGAUCCUGACUGGUCCCACAAAGAUCUAGAGGAAAUACUCACAGAUGUCCGAAAGCAGGUGCUCAAAAAUAAGUUUCUCACUUGCUUUGCUCCACAUCGUCUGAAAUACUAUUUAAAAGAGUUGUACCAGAGAAAGCAGGAUGGAUACCGGGUAUGUUUCACAGAUCUGUGGGGACUCAUCAUUGAAGCAAUGUUACAUGAUGAGGAAGACACCCAUAAGCUCUCAGAUCAGCAGCAGGCACUAAAGCAGGGACAGAAUCCCCUGCCCAUCUACCUCUCUCUCAAUGUUAAGGACAAAGUCAGCAACCAGGAUUUCAGAGAAUGGGUGGAAUUCACUCCAUAUGAGGUAGGAUUACUAAAAUACGGAGCUUUCAUUCGUGCUGAAGAUUUUGGUAGUGAGUUCUUCAUGGGUCGCCUGAUGAAGAAAAUACCGGAAUCCAGAAUCUGCUUCUUGGAAGGGAUCUGGAGCAGCGUAUUUUCCUUAAAUCUUAUGGAUGCUUGGUUUUUAUCUGUUCAUUCAGAAGACUUCUGGCAUAGAUGGACCAGAGACAAAAUUAUUGACAUAGAAGAUGAAUCCCCGUUCCCUAUAAGGCCAAAUGAACUAGAUACUCGGCUGGUUUCUCCCCCUGACAGCUUCUCAAACAUUUUCCGAGACGUGGUCAUGUUACGUCCAGCAGCUUCAGAAAUCCACAAUUUCCUAAAGGGCUUGCAGAUGAAUGCCAACUACCUGGAGAGCGAGUUUGCUAAAUGGAAAGACUGUGAGCUUGACUCCCAACCCAACCACCUGACAGGAGCAACAGAUUCCCUCAUUCUGAUUGACACUGCAUUUGCCUUUGAAACCAGUUACCCACCCCUUAUGAGACCUGAAAGGAAAGUGGAUCUGGUUUUGCAUUUCAACUACAGUUCAGGUUCACAAACAAGGCCUCUGAGAGACGCCUCUAAAUACUUUGCAGAACAAGGAAUUCCUUUCCCUAAAAAGGUGCCGGAUGAACAGGAAACAACAAACCUGAAGGAAUGCUACAUCCUUGGUGACAAGGAAAGCCCAGAAACACCUAUUGUGGUAUUUUUCCCUCUAGUAAAUGACACUUUCAGGGAAUACAAAGCACCUGGUGUGAAACGUAGUCCCUCGGAGAUGGCAGAGGGAGAUGUUGAUGUUGCCAAUAGCUGUGGUCCAUAUUAUAUAAACAAUCUGAGUUACUCGGAGGAAAAUUUCGACAAACUGGUGAAACUAAGUGACUACAAUGUCCAGAAUAACAAAGACUUGAUUCUUCAGGCCUUGCGCAUUGUAGUGGAGAGGAAAAAGCGGAAUAAGAAAUAGUCACCACCGCAAACAUCAUGCAGUGCUGAUGGCAUGUGUGUUUCCCCAGCCAAAAGGGAUCUCAGCAUUCUGCAGACUGUUCAGCGUGAGGGAGAACAGAAUAAAAUAUCUGAGCCCUGUUCUGAGUCAUUAAGCAACUUGAUUAGAGAACAAUGAAAUGCCAAAGGAUGCUAAGAGGAGGACUGCUUGGCACCAAAAGUUCUACAGCCUGUCUGUCAGUGAAGGGAAUGAGCACAAAAAGCAGAGCUCUUCCCUAAUGAAUUAAUGUGCUUCCCUCAUUGAAAGAAAACCUCAGGAGUGUAGCUCUUACUUGGAGAAGCGACCUACCAGACCAAGGCUGAAAUAUGUGGACAAGGAAACAUGAGGAAGUUGAUGUUGACAGUGUUUGUGCUUUACCUGCCCUAUAAAAAGAGGAGAUUUUAAAUACAGAAGUGCUUUCAUUCCAAAGCAUCGACAAGAAGCCAAUUU